ACAAUGGGAGUAGAUUCUACAGUUCAUCUUUACAUGUGAAGGUUCUAAAAUGUUGAAAAGGAAUGGGUUAGAAGUGGCCAUUUAAUAAAGAGGAAAAAUUAAUCUCAUCCCAGAAAUUGUAUAUCUGUAUGGCCAUAAUUUUUUCUAUGGAAACAAACAAAUCCCACCAUUCUCAGCAAUUUUAAGUUCUUGAAGGAUGAAGCUGUAGUUCUGGUACUCUAAAGGAGUUGUUGCUGCCGACUCUUUUGAAACAAACAAAUACACUGAAUUCAUUCAUGUCGGUUCUAAGCUUCCAAGCUGUCCAGUUCCCAGCUCUGGAUCAUCGUUCCUUGCCAAGAAGGCGUAGCAGUACUGGAUAUAUUAAUAUAGUUCGCUGCGGAAUCGCAGAGCCAUCGGGAGAGCCAGCUCCUUUCGGACAGAAGACAAGGUACAAUGAUGGGUUCUUUGAGAAGGUCUUCAUGACUCUCUUUGCUCGCAAGAUGGGGAGGUUUGCGGCUCCUGCAAAAUCUGGGAUAGAAGCUGAGAAGAAGAGAAGUUGGUGGGAUUGUGAUUAUGAGAGAUUUGUGGAUGUCUCGAAAAGGGUAAUGCAAGGAAGGUCUCGGAUGCAGCAGCAGGAAGUGGUUAGAGAGGUCCUCUUGUCCAUGCUCCCUCCUGGCGCCCCUGAUCAGUUCAGGAAACUCUUUCCACCGACGAGGUGGGCUGCAGAGUUCAAUGCUGCGCUCACAGUGCCUUUCUUCGCCUGGUUGGUUGGGCCUUCUGAGGUUGUGGAAGUGGAGGUAAAUGGAGUCAAGCAAAGAAGUGGAGUCCUUAUAAAAAAAUGCAGGUACCUGGAGAACAGUGGGUGUGUGGGAAUGUGCGUGAAUAUGUGCAAAAUUCCUACUCAAGAUUUCUUCACCAACGAAUUCGGGCUUCCUUUAACUAUGACCCCAAAUUUUGAAGAUAUGAGUUGUGAAAUGGUCUAUGGGCAAGUCCCACCUCCAUUUGAAGAGGAUCCAGUGUCCAAACAGCCAUGUUUUUCGGAUAUCUGCUCCAUGGCAAAUCCCAACUCCAGCAUAUGUCAUAAACUACAAGCCUGAGAAGAAUUUUCUACUUCACUAAAUUCCCAUUCACAGCAACAAGUGCUUCAUAUACUCAAUUUUAAGUCCAUCUGCCAUGGCCUCAACAUGUUAACUAUUCACUACUCUUGACAACAGGAAAAGUAGGCAAUCUUGGCAGUUGCCUGUUUCUCGUAGUUCCUCGGUCAGGUCUCUGAGAUAAACAAUUAUUCUAUAUGUAUUGAUUUUUUCAGCUGCAGCACACCUAUGUGAUGUAAGCAAGAAUGUACCAAAUCUUCUGUAAAUUUCACAGGAUACUGAAAUUUUGCCCUUAUCAAUCUCAUGAAAAGUUCUGAAUCA